AUGCCUUCCUUCAUCAAGACUGUUGCCGCCAUUGCUGUGCUGGCCACUGCUGUGACCGCUCAGUCCGACACCACACCUGUUACAGGCAAGCUGGGCAACGCUACUAUUCAGAAGAACAACCCUGCCGGUGUCGCCUACAUCGCCAGCUUCAGCUCCACCAGCAAGAGCGACAUCUCGGGCAAUGUGCUCGCUCUCACCAGCUCCGACAUGGGUGGUCCUUUCUUGUACCACAUCCAUGACUACCCCGUCCCUAGCGAUGGCAACUGCACUAGUACAGGCGCUCAUGUCGACCCGUUCGUGCGCGGAGAGGCUCCUCCCUGUGAUGCUUCUUCUCCUGCUACCUGCCAGGUCGGCGAUCUGUCCGGCAAGCACGGAAAGCCUACGAACAUGACCUUCUCUGCCACCUACGUUGACCAGUACGUCUCGACUGUCCCCGGCGAUGGCGCCUUCAUGGGCAACCGCAGCAUUGUGAUCCACUUUGCCAACAAGACCCGCAUUGCUUGCGCCAACUUCAUGGACUACACCAACGGCACCGCCGGCGCCAACGUCUCGACCUCGACCAACGGAUCCUCAAUUGCCUCUGGUUCCUCCACUCGCUCCAGCUCUUCCCAGACCGGCUCUGCUACAGGCAGCAGCGGUUCCAAGACUAGUGGUGCUGCCAGCUCGACCUCAAGCGCUGCUGUUAGCACUGGCGCCGCUUCUCAGAUCAUGAGCAACGGCGCUCUCGCUGCUGUUCUCGGUGGUAUUGCUGUCUUCGCCCUCUAA